CACCCCCCAUCCCACUGGUGCCUUUCUGAGCUCUUUUCUGCAGAAAUGAGUGAAAGAAAGGCGGGCGGUUUCACAGACCAGAUAGGCAGCGGUGGAAACGAAGGUCUAAUGUUUAUUUAUUCCUGGGAGGUAUGGCGUCCAAGGCGUGUGCAAACCCAGGGGAUCCGUUAUUUCGCCCUGGCUCCGAAUCGGGACAAUAAGUGAGUGUUCUAGGAGACACAGACCUGCAGCCCGCUUCCUUCCAGCGUGCCCAACCUUCCGCGCCAACCCACCUCUUUCCUCCUCUCCUCCUGCUGGGCUGGGCUGGGCCGAGCCGGGCUGGGCUGGGCUUGCUUAGAGCGGAGACUCUGCCAUCCCCACGCCAGCGACCCCUCCUCUCCUUCCUGUUGGGAUCCAGGAGGAGCUUUUAAGGGCAGCAGUCUCCUUUAAGGUUUCUCCGAGGAGGCUGACUCGAGAGGAGGAGUUACGGAGAUCUGCAGAUGUACAUUCUCGAGUGGAGGAGAGAAGGAAAAAGCACCAGAAGCGGAGAGGCUGAAGCGCUGGGAAGUGGCGGCCCAGCAUCCAAGGCCUUGGCGGCAGCAGAAAAAAGGAGGAGCAACAGCAGCAGCAGCAGCAGGAAAAAGACAACACAACACACACGCACACACGAACACACACCGGAGCAGCGGCGGCGGCGGCUGCUGCCGCUGGGCGAACCGGGCGUCUCGCAGAAGUCGCACCUCCGCUUGUGCGCCCAGACGGGACAAGCGAGGAAGAUGAAGGAGAGCUGACCCUACUAAAAAGCUGCCGCCACUUUGCGCUUGAAAGUAAAGGGUCGAGUCCCCCUUCUCCUCCUCUCCUCCCCCAUAUUCCCACCUUCGUGGGUGAAAACCUGCAUCCAACCAUACCUCGCCAGUUUUGGGUUUUAUUGUUAUUGUUAUUACUAUUCUUUUUUUUUUUAGCACAACAAAACGUCGCGUGUGCGCGUUCUGUUUUUGUUUGGGUAUCCGAAAGGGGGGAAGGAGGAGGAAGAGGAGGGGAGGGAGGGAGAAAGCAGCGGCCGGAGGAAAGGAGCUUUCUCUCUUCCUUCUCCAUUGAAGCCCAUAAUCCACUAUGAUCUUACUCGCCUUCAGCACUGCAAGUCGGGGGGAUUUCGUGCAUCAAUCCAGGGUCCUCUUCUUGCAAGCCUUGCUUUGGAUUUUAUGUGCCACCGGAUGCCGAGCAGAGCAGUAUUUUAAUGUGGAGGUGUGGUUACAAAAAUACGGCUAUCUUCCAUCCGCUGAUUCCAGAAUGUCAGUGUUGCGCACUGCAGAGACAAUGAAAUCUGCUAUAGCUGCCAUGCAGCAGUUCUAUGGCAUUAACACAACAGGAAAAGUGGACAAAAACACAAUCGAUGAUAUCACCUUAAGCUGGAUGAAGAAGCCUCGUUGUGGAGUUCCUGAUCAGAUGAGAGGCAACUCUAGAUUUAACAUUCGUCGAAAGCGAUAUGCAUUAACAGGGCAGAAGUGGCAACACAAAUAUAUCACUUACAGCAUAAAGAAUGUCACUCCAAAAGUAGGAGAUGCUGAAACCCGUAAAGCUAUUCGACGUGCCUUCGAUGUGUGGCAGAAUGUAACCCCACUGACAUUUGAGGAAGUUCCUUAUGUAGAACUGGAGAAUGGCAAGAAAGAUGUGGAUAUUACUAUAAUUUUUGCAUCAGGUUUUCAUGGAGACAGUUCUCCAUUCGAUGGGGAAGGAGGAUUUUUGGCUCAUGCUUAUUUUCCUGGGACAGGAAUUGGAGGUGAUACUCAUUUUGACUCAGAUGAGCCAUGGACUUUGGGAAAUCCCAAUCAUGAUGGAAAUGAUUUGUUCCUAGUGGCAGUUCAUGAACUGGGACAUGCCCUUGGAUUGGAGCAUUCAAACGAUCCGACUGCCAUUAUGGCUCCAUUUUACCAGUAUAUGGAAACUGACAAUUUCAAACUACCUAAUGAUGAUUUGCAGGGAAUCCAAAAGAUAUACGGUCCACCUGACAGAAUCCCACCACCAACAAGACCCUUGCCGACAGUACCUCCACAUCGUUCUGUCCCUCCAGCUGAUCCUAGGAAGAAUGACAGGGCUAAAGCUCCCCGGCCGCCCACAGGGGAUAAGCCCUCCUACCCUGGUGUCAAACCCAAUAUCUGUGAUGGAAAUUUCAAUACUCUAGCCAUCCUCCGCCAUGAAAUGUUUGUUUUCAAGGAUCAGUGGUUUUGGCGAGUCAGAAAUAACAGGGUGAUGGAUGGAUACCCCAUGCAGAUUACCUACUUCUGGAGGGGGCUGCCUCCAAGCAUUGAUGCAGUUUAUGAAAACAGUGAUGGAAACUUCGUUUUCUUUAAAGGUAACAAGUUCUGGAUCUUUAAGGACACCACCCUCCAGCCAGGGUAUCCUCAUGAUUUAAUAUCAUUAGGAAGUGGGAUUCCUCCUCAUGGUAUUGAUUCAGCAAUUUGGUGGGAGGAUGUUGGGAAAACCUAUUUUUUCAAAGGAGACAGGUAUUGGAGAUACAGUGAAGAUAUAAGAACUAUGGACACAGGUUAUCCCAAAUCAAUCACAAUCUGGAAAGGUAUCCCAGAAUCACCUCAGGGAGCCUUUGUUCACAAAGAAAAUGGCUUCACGUAUUUCUACAAAGGCAAAGAAUACUGGAAAUUCAACAAUCAAAUGCUCCGGGUGGAACCGGGAUAUCCCAGAUCUAUCCUCAAGGAUUUUAUGGGUUGUGAUGGACCAGCAGACCGGGACAAAGAGCAACACAGCCCUCAAGAUGAUGUAGACAUUGUCAUUAAACUGGACAACACAGCCAGCACUGUGAAAGCUAUAGCCAUUGUCAUUCCUUGCAUACUGGCCCUGUGCCUCCUUGUCUUGGUUUACACUGUGUUCCAAUUCAAGAGGAAAGGAACACCCCGCCACAUACUUUACUGCAAACGCUCUAUGCAAGAGUGGGUGUGAUGUAAGGAUUUUUUUUUCUUGUUUUCUCCCAGGAGUAGUGGUAACAUGAAAUCCAACAAAAGAGCUGUUAUGGAGUUUCCUACCAAGGAGCAGGCCUGUCUGUCUCAGCCAGGGAUGAUCUUUAAAGUCCAGGGGGCUGCUUGUCCUGCACAUGAGUGAGAAUUUUCUUCAGUAGGAAGCUUCAGUCGCACACAGUACCUGCCAUUUCUCCAGUCCUUCGUCUGUCUUUGUCAUUCAGUUCCAGCCUUUCCUCUGCACGCUCAAUAUGCCCAAUGCAAAACAAUCAGGAUAUUCAUAAAAAAGAACAACAUGAAAAAAGAAGAAUCUCUGACAUCCCAGUUGGGUCUUUCUUUCUUUCUUUCUUUCUUUCUUUCUUUCUUUCUUUCUUUCUUCCUUCCUUCCUUCCUUCCUUCCUUCUUUCUUUCUUUCUUUCUUUCUUUCUUUCUUUCUUCAAAAGAGUUUUGUGUGAUGUUAAAAAAAAAAGAAAACAUAUAAGCAUUUUUUUAAAGAGAAAAGAUAGAGCAACUAAAACACAACAAUCACAUUGGAACUUUCAGGAAGUGUGAAGAUCCAAAACAGCUUUGUCUCCAAAGAGGAUUGCUUUCUGUCAGCUACAGAUAUAGUCCUAUACUCCUACACAUAAUUUUUAUCAAAUGGGAAAUCAUGAUGACAUACAGGAAUUCUGACUGUUUGGACAGCCAUUUUCCAACAAACAAGGGGCCAAAAUAUCUGCAAUAUAGUAACAGCCUUAAUAAUAUAUUCAUUUUGUGUUUUAUACAAUUGUUCAGAGCUAUGUUCUCAAUGUUUUCACACAUUUAUAUUCGUCACUAUAUUCAGAGAGUAUUCUUUUUACUGAUUGGUUUAGCAUUUAUUGGUUUCUUGCCUCUCCACGUCCUCUUUUCUCCAGAAUUGUAUCAGGCAAAUUAGUCCCAGGCUUUCCAUAAGCCUCUCAGAAACCUUAUUUUGAAACAGACUAGAAAGCAGCAAGUUCCAGAAAUAAGAAUGCAAUCAAAUAACAUUACAAGUUACUGAGAAACAUAAGACUAGUGUUAGGUUUAUAUAAUCAGUGACUCUUUGAGAACUAUCAGACCAAUUUUCAGUGUGAAAAAUAAUAUUAAUUGAAAUGGUAAUAGUGUACAGAUUCUGCUUUUACUUAAAGGUAACACCCUAUAACUCAUAAACCAGAUCUACAGAGCCCUCAAUGCCAAUGCUAUCUUCUCCAUCACUGUUGCUUCUAGUGUGUUUCCAGGACAAAGUAGGUGGUCCAGGCUGGCACAUUUUCUUAUGAUACUUCAUAGUAGCAUAAUGAAGAGGAAGCCAGAAUGGGUUUGGCAGUGGACAAGGGGAUUUGCAGAUAAUGGAAGGCAGUUGUUAGCCCUGGGGUUGAAUAAGCCCAUCACAAUUCUAGACAGAAUGCCGAAAUAACUGUGGGUUAUUUCUAGUAAAAGCCACAUUGGUGAUAGUAAAAAAAAAAAUGUAACUAUGGAUUUGCCAGUUGAUUUCUGGGUUUAUUUAUUUAUUUUAAUUGUCAUACUGAAUGUGUAGUGACAGUUCUUCAACAUUGCCUCCUUGUCUUCAGCUUGUGCUAUGCCAAGCCAUUUUAUCAGUCUCCUACGUCUCUGCUGCUCUUUUUCUCCCAACACUAUUGAUCUCAUUAUUGGUAGACCCCAUGGGUCCCAUUAACAAAUAAUGAGCUUCCCUUACACUCUUGAAAAAUGGGUGCGUGAACUGUUGUUGUUUUUUUAAAAAAAAUAUCUGCCAGGAAACAUGGCAGAGCACUUGAUGAAUGGCAUUAUGUUCUUAUCAUGCAAGUGACCUUUUCUUUGGUACUGUGCUUGGAGGACCAUGCAUCGUACCAUUGUGAACCACAGUAGGCAGAAUGGAACACUUGGCUACAGUUUGGCUGGAGACAGAUGCAUAUAAUUUUCAGCAAUUCAAAGAUCGUAUGUUAGCAGGAGGCAAUACUGUCUAUGGAUUACAUUGUCUCUGCUCACUAGUUUUGUUGGGCUUUUUUGUGCUGAGCUCUGUUGAUUAGAAAUGACAGCAGUAUAACAGGGAUGAAUAUAAAAGAAAGAGACACUGUCCUUCUAUCACAUUACCUUCAGUUUCCAUGCCUCCAGCCUAAGAGCAAUAGGAAAAUGGGGUUUAAUUGUGGGACUAGAUGGAAUUCUUCUAUGUAACAAUUGGCUUCAUUUUUAUUUUUUAAAAAGCUUGUAUUUUUAAGUUUUUUGAAAUAUUAUUCUGCAUGAAUACAGAACUUGCUUUUGAAUAUGGACACUUAUAAGCAUAGUUAACUCUAUUAAGGAGAAAAGAAAGCAACAUCUGAUACUGCCUGGGUGCUGUUUCACUUUCCCACCUGUUCACAAAAUGUGGUCAUUUGGUAUUCAUCUUAGUUCUCAAAGGGUUGGCAAGACCUCUGGCAUUUAGCUGUGCACUAAAUCAUGGGAAGAACCCAGGACUACCUGGCAUUAUAUCAUCUUAUGUAAUUUUAUGCUAACAGCAGUAUUGUCAUUUUCAUGUGACCUGCAGAGCAGGUUAUAUAUUAAUAUUUUUUUUCCUAGAGAAAGUCAGCAACUGACAGACCUCUUUUAUUGAUUUUAGGAGCUGCUUCUCGCAGUGACAGGCUUUUUACAGUCACUGGGCUGUGAAUUUAUGAAAAGUUUUCAGAAAGAAUGCACCCUACUAGAUAGAUACCUGACUUUUUAUGAAAGCUAGGAUUCCAGGGAGAUAGCUUUUGAUACAAUGAACAGCUUGCCUUGAACUUCAUUGAUCUGUUGAUUGUCAUUAUUGAGUUAAACAUUGUCUUCUGUGAAAAAAGAGGAAAAAAUUGCUGUCUAAAUUUCCUUACUGUGUACUAUUUGAUUUCUUUGCUCUUUGACCUUUAACUUGCAAACUGGCACAAGCUGAAUGGGAAAUAAGAUGUUCCCAAACAUUUUGGAUUGGGACUACAUUUAUACAAGAAAAAACAAGCCUAAUGUAUGUUAUCUGAAUUCAUCUGUUCCAUUACAGAAGGGCAAAGGGUGAGAAGUCCUUCUUCUAGCUGUAAUAGAUGCAGACAAUAUGAUCUUAUUCCUGCUUAGUUCCCAUUGACUCCAUUGGGAGAGAAUUUUUCAAUGGAAUGUGCCCAGCAUUAGUAACUGGUACAAGGGGAAUGGGAAAAAAUUGCUAUGUAUACAUGCACACUCUAAUAAUGAACUACAGUAGACAAAUUUCUAUUUAAUUUUGAUAAAAUGUUUCAUGUGAAACCAGUCCUUUUUACAUAUGAUUUGUUUUAAAUGCAUUCUAAAAUGCAUACAAAUACUAAAAUACUUGAAAACAGCCAUCAUUGACAAGUAUGGGUUCUUGUGUGUAUAUAUACACAAACACACACAUGAAUAUACUAUGGUUAAAAACAAUUUCUUACUAAUUUCCUAAUCCAUAUUACCAAAUCAUUUUAUAGAGAGUGUAAGUAUAUACGUAUUAUUUUUUGGUAAUGACUAGCUGGACUGCCUUGAAUUUAUAUUUCUAUUGAGUACAGCAUGAAGAUUAAUAUCAUUCAAAUAAACAUGAUUUGGGGUUUUGUUUUUUAUUCUGAAUCGAGGGUUUAUUUUGUAAAGAAAAGAGGCAUGUAAUACAGGAUUGCACAGACAACACCCCCAUCAGCAUAAACAAAUUGAUGAAUGAAUGACAGAAUCAAAGACAAAACAAUUCUUAGUUUAUAGCACAUAUGCAUUGCAAAUUGAGGUUUGGAAUCUCUUAAAGGUGUGAUAUGCAGUAUUCUAACGAUUGUGAGACCAUUAUAUAUCCAGUUAUAUCUAACUCAGCUAAUGGUACACUACAUGACUUAUGUAUAGUGAACAGAUCUCAGCGUUCUCCAUUUCCUUACCCUUCUCUUUCAAAAUAUAUCAGUUAAGUGGGAAAAGCAUUAUAAUUUUCUAUCAGCAAUCAGCUCUGCUACUGGCUAAGAUGUAUUUUUUUUCCUUUUGUCUCAAGCUCUCUUGUGCUUAACUGCAGCUAAAAUAAUUAAACUAUAUUGGUUGUAUUUAACUGUAGCCAAUAUUUUGGUUUGAAGUUCAUCAUAUGAAUGAGUCUACUUUGAAUUUGGGUCCAAUCCAUAAAAUUUAUAUGCUAUUUCAAGAGAUUAAAAGUGAAUGUUGAUACUUAUAUAUUAAGACAGGUGUUUACAGACAGGUUUGGUGAAUAUCCAAAACUUUGGACACAUCAGUUGGAGCUUCCUAUAAGUGAUUGUCAGCAUUGACUGAUCUGUAUUUGGAAAAUGGAAACAUAGAUAUAUUAUGAACAUUCACAAAACUGACAGAUGGAUAACAGUCAAUAAAAUUUGCAUCUUCAUGGUUAUUUAUCCAUUACUUUAAUAUAAGACAACAGACAAUAUUUAUUUUCCUAUUCAUUUAAAUGUUUCAUUUCCCUUUCAGAUUUCCUUUAAAAAAAGAAAGAAGGAGAAAAAAUGCAGCCAUUUUUUUUAAAUAAGGGAAAACCAAUAUUUGCAUUUGGUGGAGUUAUACAAUAGUUUUACAAAAAGUUAAGGGUAAUAAUGUAUAGUGCUGGAUAUAAUAUGAAUGCAUAAAUAUGGGGGGGGGGGAAUU